GAGAAAUAGAGGAGGACAGAGGAGCAGGCGGAGCAGGCGGAGCAGGCAGACAGGCAGGCAGGCGGUGCAGGCGGUGCAGGCGGGAGCGCUCGUCCAAACCGGAGGGGAGGGGGAGACGCAUUCUCCCCGAGUACACACAAGCAGCGGCCACAUCCUCUGUAGACAAAUCCGUGUUCAGUGACGUGUUUUGUAUUAGCCUUUUCUUUCUAUGCAUGCUCCCAUCACUGGCUGGUUUCAUUUUUAUUUUUUUUUUAAAUAACCAGGAUUUAAAGCCGCGCUCUUCUUCAUCAUCAUCAGCAUCAUCAUCAUCAUCAUCAUCAUCAUCAUCAUCACCUCCUUCUUCUUCUCCUCAUCAACUCUAAUCAUCCUCUUUUUUCCCCCCUCUAUCUAUUCAUUUAUUUUUGCGCCUCGGUCGACCCGUUUAUCCAGCCUCGUCCACCGUCCACCCCCCUGUACUCCUUUUUCUUUUUUUUUUUUCUCCCCCUCCAUCUCCUCCUCUCUGGGAGUGCGACGCGCUGCGAUUCUCUGAAAUCAGAAAAAGCCUGCAGACUCGGAUCACAUCUGGGCUAAAAAGGUGGAGGGGAGACGUCUUGAGUUGGAGACAGAGCGUGCACUGCAGCAUUCAGGAGUUACCCUGCACUGCCAGGGAGCAAGGUGCAGCAGCAGUGACCACGAUGCAAGUUUUCUGCUAACAGAGGACGGACGGACAGCGGGACAAGCGUCCAAGCCACAAACCUCCACCAGCGGCAGCUGUCCACUGAGAAAGACAGAAAGAAAAGAGAGAGAGCGCGCAAGAGAAAGAGGCAAAAGAGAGAGAACGAGUGUAAGAAGGAGCGAGGGGAGCGGGUGAAAACAGUCGAUGGAUGCUGUCCGGAUUGAGGGGACAGCACGUUUCUCACUGACGAGGAAAAGAAAGAUUUCAAAAUUGAGUCGAAGGAUAGAAACUCGCCGUCAGGCAUGGUGUGUGAGAAGGGGAUCCAGAUCCUCCUCACCACCGUGGGGGCAUUCGCUGCCUUCGGCCUGAUGACGGUGGCUAUAGGGACGGACUACUGGCUGUACUCCCGUGCCCUCAUCUGCAACAGCACAGCCAACGUCACCCAGGAUGAUCCCCAUAACAAGGACAAGAAGGAUCCUGGGGCGCUCACCCACUCUGGACUGUGGAGGAUAUGCUGCCUGGAAGGAGUGAAGAGAGGAGUGUGUUCUCAGAUCAACCACUUCCCAGAGGACGCAGACUUUGACCAUGAUGGGGCAGAGUACGUCCUACGGGUAGUCAGGGCUUCCAACAUCUUCCCGAUCCUCAGUGCCAUCCUGCUGCUGAUGGGAGGGGUGUGCAUCGCUGCUAGUCGUUUCUAUAAGAGCAAACGGAACAUCAUCCUGGGGGCCGGGAUUCUCUUUGUGGCUGCAGGUCUGAGCAACAUCAUCGGUGUGAUCGUGUACAUCUCGGCUGCACUGGGGGACAUCUCUCCUAAGAAGGAUGAGGACAAGAAGUGGCAGUACUCCUACGGUUGGUCCUUCUACUUCGGAGGCCUGUCCUUCAUCAUGGCCGAGAUGGUGGGGGUGCUGGCCGUCAACAUCUACAUCGAGAAGAACAAGGAGCUGCGCUGUCGCUCGCGCACCGACAUCUUCAAGAGCACCACGCACGCCAUGCUCCGCCUGCCCAGCUACCGCUUCCGCCGCCGCUCCCGCUCGUCGUCGCGCUCCACCGACCCCUCGCGCUCCCGGGACCCCUCACCUGUAGGAGGUGGGGGCAAGAACUUCGGCCUGCCCCCCUCUGCGCUGCUCUCCCAGGGGCCCAUCUCGGUGUCCACUUUACCGAACCCCCACUCUCGCUCCCACACGGCCCUGGCUGGAGGCGACAUCUCCCUCUACACGUUGUCCCGUGACCCCAAACUGGGGGGUUUGCCGCCCAUGUAUGGAACGGUGGACAGGGCCACGCUCUACCAGCUCCACAACUGCUUCCCAAAGGAUGGAGGUGGAGGUGGAGGGGUGAUGAUGAGCGGCACACUUCCCUCGCUUAAGUCGCACAACCCUUCCAACUCUUCCAACUCCAACGCGCCGAUGCCCAACUCGGUGGGCUCCGGCCCUCCACCCUUCACCUCGUCCACAGUAGACAGGGAGCGAGGGAUGGGGACUCUGGACAGGCUGAAGGGAGACAGGGAGAGCAACUCGAACACCCUGAAUAGGAAGACAACACCUGUGUAGGGAGGAGGGAGAGGCGAGAGAGAAGGGAGGGAAGGAGAGGUAGUGAUGCAGGAGGGAAGACAGCGAGGAGCUCUGCGUCUGUGUGGCUCAGUAGGAAGACAGACAGGCAAAAUGUUAAAUCUCUCCCUCCAUGUUCACUGUUAUUUAGUCUACUCAAUCUCACUGAGAGCAAAAAGAAGAAGAGUAAUAACAGAGCGAUAAUAACAACAACAAUGAACUUUCACAAUAAAACUAUUUUGAUAUUUUAACGUGCUAGAAAAUGAUUUAUUUUGUUAAUGAUCAAACGCAAUUAACCUUGGGCUAUUAUGAAAAAUGUUUCACAUAUUUUUUUGUGCAAUAUUACUGCUAAUUUAACCAGAUCAUCAUUAAUGUAAAAUUGUUGUUGUGAUUAUUCUUAGCGUUAUUACGGGCUAGCCGCCGCGUUUGCAGAACACUACCGUCUGGAAUGAGGAAGUUUUUGAUUUUCAAUGUUGUUUUCACUCUAAUUUUAGAUCUCGAUGACUUUUACUGUGAAUUUUUUCUUCCAUGCAGAGCCGCUGGGACUGUCAGUGAGCUGUGCGUAAUUGUGUCAAAGUGUCAAGCAUGAGUGUGCACAAUAUGUGGAAGAGUGAGGGCCUGUAUUAUUUUUGUAACCCCCAUAUUAUAUAAUUUCCGUUUAUAACAUGAAGUCAGAUUUGAAUACUGUAAAUUGUCUUCCAAUAUUGAUACCGAAAGAAAUGCAAACAAAUAAUGUGAGUGACUGCGACGACCGUCCGAACUUCAUUGUUAUUAUGAGUCUGAGUUUUCUAUGGGCCUCUGUUAGUCUUAUUUCCAUUCUAAUCAGUGUUAACAGUAGUACUUGUAGCUAAUAGUCGUGUUGAAGAUGUUUGUUCUUGGGCAUUAACAGAAACCUCUGACCGGAGGGAGCAGAAAAAAGAAGACAUAGAAUAAAUACAUUUGUACAGAUUCAGGUAAAGGUGACUUACCUGAGCAGAAAAACAAACAAAAAAAAAAAACCUAAUCAUUUUUUUCUAUGAAAAGUCCCAAAGUGAGACAUGCAAACUCAUCAUUUUCAGUGGCAAAAAAAUAUAUAUACAGUAUGUAUAUGUUGGGUUGAGAGGGUUUUAAAAAAAAAAAACACUACAGAGAAAAAUCUUUUGAGAAGAUACGUGUACAUUGUAAUUAUGCAUACAUCUCUUUGUAAAGUCUAUCGAUAUGUUUUUUCGGGACCACUGUUCAAACUGAGUAUGCAUUUUGGGCAGGUGUGGCUGAAAGUGUUUCUCUUCCCUGGACUCUUUGUCGGGUAGUUUCAUCCGCUGAAUUUGUCCUCGCCCCCCUCAACAUUCGGUCACAGGAUCGGCGUUCCCUUAUUUUAUCACGCCAGUAACAGUUUCACCGCAGAGACGACAUCUUAACCUCCCCAAAGAUUCUUUUCACUGUGCUUCCCCUGUGACCGGCCGACUCGGGAUUCUGAACUCUGACCUUGUUUAUGUUGAUGAGAAUGUAAACACAUGUAAAAACCCAGCAGCCUGCCCGCCCCCCAGCCCAUCCCGCUCUCUCUAUUAAACUGUCCCGAGUGACUGCAGAUGCGGGUCGAGAACCAUGGACACACCGCUACGUGAUAAAAUGAAGAAACUAAAAACAAAAACAACCAGACACUUCCAGAUUCUCUACGAUUUUUUGUUUUGUUUUGUUUUGUUUUGUUUUCAUUUCUUUAAUUUCAUUUCAGAAAAAGAAUAAUGUGAUUAAAAACUGCACACAGAUAGCAUUUAUGUGUGCAAUAUGAAUAGUAUGUAGUUGAGAAUAGAUAUAUCUAGACAAAUGAUUAUGGUUUAUCUAAAUGUGUGAUAAACUUAAACACUGUAUUGCACGAAGUUUAUAAAAAAAAAAAACAAUAACAAA